UCCAGAGCUGAGAUUGGAGGAAAAACUGAGAGGGACAAAAUUCCGUUGUUCGGCCCGGCUUGUCUGGAAUGACGCCUCCGUGGGGUAUGAACAGAUGCAGCACGGACAACCGCCGGUUUGAAGAGCAAGACGUUGCUUUCCCAGCUUACAAAUCUGUACCUAUUUCUGCCUUGAAGCAGAAUGGGCUCCUGCAGUCUCUGUCCGCAGCGGCCAAUGGAUGCAGAGAAGUGGAUAUUACUGAAGAAGUACGGCGAGCCCGAGAAGAAUGGGAGGCUGUGGAAAAUGUCCAUCCAGGAGCUGAGACAAGACAUCUCACCAAACUGGAGUACGUGUUUUGA